CUAUCAUUCAUUUUUCAGUCAUCAAAAGUGACAUUCAGUGACCCUAAGCCCCGAAGUAUCCCUACAUAACACCUUGGGAUGCAAACAAACAGAAAAUUCCCGAGCAAAUGUACGUCCAGUCAAGGUAACGGUUCUAGAAAAGAAAUAUCAGGAUCAUGCACCUCAAAGAGUGUAAAUAAAUUUCCAUCAAGACAAAUAAAUCAUGUAAAGAUGCUCCUCAAAGAUGCCUCAGGAUGUCACAUGUGCGAGAUGUGUGGGCAGAUCGCAGGUAAUGCAGUUGUUGAAAUAGAACGAGAACGAAAAGCAGCUAGCUCGAAAUGUGUUUCUAAAAAACUGUAUAUUUUAUGCGAUAUGUGCCUAGCCUCCAUACUUGGUCGAAAACCUGGAAAAGCUGAUGCAGGUAAGGAGACAUCUUGCGAUUAUAACACUUCUGAAUUUGCCAACCAUAAAAAGAUGGUAAAAGAAGUUGAACCAUAUACUUGCCACGCACCUUAUUGUAAUCAUAACAAGAGUAAUACACAGAAACCUGAAGAACCUUAUGAGACAGCAUGUGUAAAAUGCCAGCAAAAAUCCAAUACCGUAUCUAAAAAGUCUCAUUGUGGAAAAAAAGGUCGUGCACCUUGUGGCGGACACAAAAGCAAGUCUAACGAGAAAAAUGUUACCAAAACCUCGGAAACUAAAUGCCAGGCUGCCUGUGCUGGCACAGCCGGCGAUAAAGAAGACAUCAAACAUGCAAUAUUUCUAGAAGUCACAGAUAACCAUACUGUGAAGUCCAAUCAGAAUUUUAAACAAACUACUCUGAUCAAUAGACAAGAGUCGACGUUAACACCAUCAGAAAAAUCUGCAGAAAAAUCUGGUACGAUAACUACUAGUUCGUAUGGAACAAUAAAAACAAUAGAUCUAGAGGAUAAUUUUGAAAUAUCGAGCAAUAAAACUGAAUAUGGUGUUUUAACUGAUUAUGUGAGUGAAUACAAAAAAGCAAGUGCAAUUAGUGUAUUUGAACGACAACGUACGAUGGAAGAAAAUAAUUUUGAACAUGAAGAAAAAAAUACUAAGUCAUGCCGCUCAUCAGUACCAAGAAGAGAAAUUGCUGUUAGUUCAACAAAUACAGAUCAAGGAAGAGUGAAUUGUGGUCCUUGCGGAAUAUGUGACUCAUCAGUAUCAGAAAAAAUACUAACUUCCAGAAGCAACUGUGUGAAUUGCCUGUACAUGAAUAACAACAACAACAAAGUUGCCAGGUAUGGCCUCGCUACCGCUCAGAUAAAAGACAAAAAUGACACAAGCAUGAACGAACUACAGUACAAAAUUCAAUCUUCAGUCAAACUUGACAAGAUCAAAUGUAAAACUUACUGGGACAAGAAUAAAGAAACAAAUCUCAAAGAAGAUUUGAUGAUGUUUGCAAGCUGCGAACCAUGUAACGCAUCAGCAGAAAAAACCUCUGAAGCUAAAGGAGCGCUUAGCAUUGAUAGCUCUGAACUUGACCAGAUAAAAUGUGAAACUUGCUUGGACAAGGAUGAAGAAACAAAACUUGAAGAAGAUUUAAUGACAUGUGCAAGCUGCGAACCAUGCCAUGCAUCAGUACAAGAAAUCAUUGCAACUAAAGACGCGCUUAGCGUGAAAUGCUCUGAACUUGACAAGAUCAAAUGUGACACUUUCUUCGACAAGGAUAAAGAAACAAAUCUCAAAGAAGAUUUGAGGUUGCUUGUCAGCUGCGGACCAUGCAACGGAUCAGCACAAGAAACCUUUGCAGCUAAAGGAGCGCAUAGCGUUGAUUGCUCUGAACAUGACAAGAUCAAAUGUGAAACUUGCUUGAACAAGGGUGAAGAAACAAAACUCGAAGAAGAUUUAAUGACAAGUGCAAGCUGCGAACCAUGCCAUGCAUCAGCACGAGAAACCUUUGCAGCGAAAGGACUGUUUUGCGUUGAGUUUUCGGAAAAUGAUAAGAUUGAAUGCGAAGGUUGCUUGCACAAGAUGGAAGAAUCUAAGCGAAAAGAAGAUUUGAUGAUUUGUAAAGGUUGUGAGCCAUGUUACCCAUCAUUAGAAGAGAGUAUUGUAGCUAAACAACUACAUUGCGUUGAAUGCUCGGAAGAGGAGAAAACCGUAUGUGAAACUUGUUUGGAUAAGAAUAAGCAAGAAACUAAACCAAGUCAAGCUGUAAUGAUGUGUGCAACAGCUAUGGAACAUCAUUAUGUUGAGUGUGCUAAGCUCGCCCAAACCCAAUGUGAAAAUUGCUUAAUUAAGAGCAAUCGAGUUAAACAAGCUAGUAAUCCAAGUAGUGCAACGAUUCGUGCAGCUUGUGAGUCGUGUCACGCAUCACUUAAAGAUAUGAUCGCUGCUUUGGAGCAACACUGUAUCGAGUGUGCCGAGCCUACUAAAACUGAAUGCGAAAAUUGCUUAAGAAAUGUUGAAAGCAAAACAUUUUCUGGUUCUCAAACUACAUCACAAAAAUCAAAAAUUCCUUUAAAGGAAGAAGACUGUAAAUGCGAACGUUGUAAAGGAAUCGAUACUACUGACCUGGUAAAUGGUACUGAUAAAGUCGUAUGUGGAGGCUGCUUCAGUAGGACCAUUGAAGACAUCAAUAGAUCUCAAACAACAUUAAAAGUGCUGAAUUGCAAAGAUGGCUGUACUUGCUGUGUAUACCAAGACGACAUGUUUACUUGUGACGCAUUUAACGAAGAAAGACAAUAUAAAACGAUCAAGGCUCCUGUAGCAACGCAAGUUUCUAUAAACGAGUGUGCAUGCGAAGGUGAGCGACUGACGUCAGCUGUGUGCUAUGAUCAAAUACAUUCUCUACCAAUUUGUGCACCUUGCGACAAAGAGAGCAUUAUAACUGUAGAGUUGCAUUGUGUCAAAUUCUCUAAUCCUGGUAAAAUUGAUUGUGAAAGUUGUUUAAGGAAAUCCGAACUCCCAUCAACUAAAAGACGAUUUGUUGAAGAAAUUUGUCAAUCGCAAUGCUGCGAAUGUGAUAAUAAGCACAAGAUUAUGCAAAUCAGCUCAAUUUGUGUUUACUAUCAACAAACGAUAGCUGAAAAUAAAUCUGCUAAUGAAAUCCGUUAUGUUGAAUGCUCAAAUGCAAAUGAAAUUUUAUGUGAAAGUUAUCUCAGUAUCGCCAGUAAGCACGAUAAUAAAGCAAUUGGCGGUAAAAUAGAUGAAACUACUAAAUGCGAUCAGUGCAUAGGUAAAAGGUGUGCACCGGUGGACUGUAGAAGCUGUAAAAAUGAUGGCAAAGAAUCUAAAAUAGAUAUAGAAAGUGACAAGAUUAUAAAAUGCGACAAAUGUAUGGGUGAAAAAUGCGCACCAAAUAGGUGUCAAAACUGUGAAGAUAUUGGUACUAAUGUGAAACAUGGAUGCAUAGGUAAAAUUUGCGCACUAACAGAUUGUCGGAAUUGUAGUGAUACUAAGUCAAAGGUAUCUGAAUUACAAGUAGAAGUAUGUGAACAAUAUAAAGAUGACUUUCAUCCAUCAGAAGAGGUUCACUGCUUACCAUGUAAACAUAUCGCCAAAAUACAGUGCGAACGUUGCUUAGAGAUUGUAAGUUGUGAAAAAAAUAAUACCAGAAUGGUGUAUGAGCUAGAUUGUGAAACAUGUAAGCAUCUAAGUUUUGAUAAUAAUUGCAUUACUGACAAAAAUAAUGUAACCAGUAGUUGUUCCAUUUGCUGCGACAAAUCAACCUAUAAAAAUCUCGUAAAAGGGCAUAACAGCUUUAAAGAGAAUGAAGGUCGCAUAGAGUGUACUAACGACAAGGAAAUACAAUGUGAAAUAUACUCCAAAAGGAAUUUCCAAACAGAAAAUUUAUGUAUAAGAAUCUCCUGUGAAGGAGUCUGCGCACAAACUGCAGAAAAAUUAAAAUCGAAAUCAGUUUCUAAAAAUUGCCGCACAAUUUUAAAUAAUCCAAGUAACAUGAUUGUGAAGUGUAGUAUAUAUGACGAUUGUAAUAGAAGAAAUUUUGGGGACUGUAAGCCAAAUCAGGAAACAAUUGAUGAAUGUCUUAGUCAGUCCCAAUCAACAAAUAUAAAAUCUGUGUUAGCAAAUAGUGGAAAGAACUUGAAUACUACCAUGACUGCUAAUUCAUCAUACUGCACGGACACCAAUUGCCCAAAUUUAGAAAAGAUGACCUUAGGCUCCAGCGUAUUUAAUAAGAGCUCAUCGAAAAAAAAAUCUCAAAUAUCAAAGGUGCAAAAUAUACAGAAUGAAGAAAAAAUGAAGUCAAAAUCGGAUUUUAAGAGCUGUUGUACAAUUUUGUCCAAGUCAAGUAUAAAAAACACAAAGAGCUCAAAUGCAAAAUACAGCAUAUGUGAAAAUUGUGGAGGCUAUAAAUCAAAUAAGAUAACGAUUCAUGAGUAUUUUGGCCACCCACAAUCCUCCAAAAGUAAGACAUUGUCAACGAUAUUCAAUGCAUACGAAAAAGACAAAAAUACUGCUAAGCCGUCUGCUGAAUCACUAAUAAGUUGCAAUGUGAAAGAUUGUCCAAUUCUUGGGCAAGGUACCUCACAAUCCAGUGACGUCGAUGACGCUUCAUUUAAAAAAGACUCGCAUGACAACGAGUACUGUGAGACUUGUCAAAAGCAAAGUUACGCCAAACAAAAUCGUCAACAAGAGGAGCAAUACUUGGAAUGUAUCUAUAGCGACAACAUUUUAUGUGAGAGCUGUUUAAGGCUUGAACAAAGUAUUACUUUAGCUAGAAAUAAAGUUAAGUCAAGUCAAACAUCACAAGGAGAUGAUAACUGUUCUGGCUGUAAGCAUUCCAACGAAGAACAUGAACAAAAUUCGAACAACGUUAAAGCUAAGAAUAUAAUACCAAUCUUCAAACAAUCAACGAACGAAGAAGUUACAUGUACUUGCGGUGGAUAUGAUCUCGUUUCAAGUAAACAUAAAAUUGAGGAAGACCUUUUUUCGUGCUGUUCAGAAUGUGCUGGUAGAGAGAGACACAUGAUGGAGGAAAAGCAAGUCACAAGCAAGUCAUGUUGCUCUUCAUGCGUACCUACUGUACUCCAGGAAAAAUCAUCUACGAAAAGCCAACGUAUAAACUCUGCGGAAAUCCAGACAGAACUGUACGAAGUAAUUUCAGUCAGCAUAUCCGAGUCAGUUUCGGAUACGUCCACAAAAGAAUGUACUUCACAUACUUUUGAAAAACCUCCACUAAGUAUGAACACCUGCUCAACAAAUGACUUCGUUUAUUCAGAAGGAAUGAUGCCGCUAGAUAAGUGUCAUCGUUCAGUUGAUGUAAACCAGAGCCAGUCAAAACCGAAGUAUACAUGCCACCUUGGCACAAACACAUCAACGCCUAUAUCUAACUACAGAAGUAUUACAAUUAAAACUGAUGAACAAGAAAUAUCAACAAGGGAAGUUCCCAAAUGUCAUUGCCCAAGUGUUGAGCAAAAGGUCGGUAAUAGCCUCAAAGGAGAGUGUGGCAGUGCUUUGAAGUAUAAGUUGAGUCGCAAUGACAAAAGAAGUGACUAUGUAUUACUUACUGGCCCAUUCUAUAUAAAGAAAAGUUGUGUUGGUGCUAAAGAUAAGGUGAGCCGUUUUAUCUAUGUCAAACUGGUAUUCAAAUGCAUCUUUAGGUUUCUAAAGCAACUUCAGGCACACCUGCAAGCGACGUCGGAGAUACGAUUGCAAGUGCUUCUAGAUUACAAUCAGAACGGUUCCGAAAAUGUCGUGAAUGCUGUCGUAGCCAUGGUUGUGCGAUGCCGGAAUUGAAGCAACUGUGCGUCCUGGAACCGGACAUUAUCAUUCAAUAUCAGCAGCAGUACUUGUCGGACAAAGUACCAAGAAGGCUAGAAGAGGACGAUUUCGAUCCAAAAGCUGAGUACGUACCAUACUUGGUGAAGUCGCAUGGAUACCCGCCCAGUAAUGACAAGUACCAUUUCUUGAUGUUGGACAUGGAGUGCUUGGCGCAGUCCAAGGAAAUUAUGGGCCAAGAUAUCGGGAAGAUCAAGGAAAAAACGCAAGGUGGUUCAGAGCUUAAAACAGAUCUGCAGUUACUAGAACAGCAAAUGUCAGCAUCGUCAGAGGAAAGGCCACACUCAAUCCUGAUCACGGAAUUUUUAAGGAGUGACCAUGAUGAUAUAUCGGUGACGUCAGGUUACAGAGAGAGAGAUAAAGCAGACAGACAGAGCAUUAAUUGGGAUCCCGAAGUUGAGAACGCCGAAAAAACACGAUUGUCUUUAAAUAAUGACAUAAUAAUAAGAUCUACGACAGACCUAAAAUCUGAGAACUGGUUAGAACAAGAUCUGAUAGAGCACAAUAACAACAAUAUAAUAGAAACAUCUUCAGGGAUACAAAGACACAGCUUGCUGAAGGAUUCGAUUUUGGACCAAGUAGUAAGGGAGCAUAAACAGAGAGAGGUAUCUUGAAACAUCUCACCAUGAGAAGCCUCAGAUGUAAUAAAUUUUAUUACUCAAUUGAAAAACAGGAAAUUUUGAUAAUUUUUAUCAUACUGAUUGUAUUGUGAAAACUGUUUGGAUCAUAAAAAUACCAGACAAAAAAUUCCCUGAUGACACCAACAGCGGUAAUACAAGCCGAAUCAGAGCCGCAAGAAACGCCGAAAGGACCUGCUGCUAAACAUAGAUUCUCCCUAUCACUUUUCAAGAGGCAUAAACAAAGUAAGAAAAAAAUCAAUGAAAGUGGUUCUGAUAUAGUGAAGAACAGACAGGAAGAUUCCGAUUCUGAGUCGAGGUGUGGAGACUUGGUUCACCUCAAAUGCCGCUUGAGGAAAGCUAUUGUUUGACAUAAGAGAUUUCUCAUAAAACGCGCUCCAGCACGCAGCGAGCCUGAGUCUACUAUAAUUUAGCCGGAGGAGAGGUAGACGCAUUUCAUGUACUGUGGGUUGUCAAUUGUUACACUCUCUGCUAAAACCGACUUCAUCCAUCUGGGAGUCGAGGCACCAUAAUAAACUUACUGUACAGUGACAAGUAAAUUCUUUGCACAGAUAUUUGGGCGUAAAAUACGUGAUGAUUCAUUUAGAGAAAACGCCAGAAGUAGGAGUAGGUCCAAUGAUAAACCGCUUAGAUCAAGCAUAUCAACGAGUGUAUCUUCAAAAAAAUAAAGCUCAUGCAAUGUACAGAAGUCUUGAACUGAUUCUAUUGAUAAUCAUGAAAACUACUCCAAUUAUAACUAUUACUUAAAACUUAUACAACUUCAAAAAAUCAAUAAAGUGUCAAAC